AAAAUCAUUAAUAUAAAUAUCAUUCAAUUCUAUAAAAUUCUUUAUAAUUCAUUACAUUCACGUAAGACUUAUUUUUUAUAAAAUAAAAUCAAAAAACAAAAAUAUGGAAAAAAAUUGUAUAUGGAAAUUUUGUGAUGAGAACCCUCUUAAUGAAUAUACCUUAAUCGUUCCAAGUGUUGCUGUUGGGAAUGUCGGUCAACUUUCAUGUGACUUGCUUAUUUCUUCAUUAAGUAUGGUGAAAGUAGCAUCGGUAUACAGUACAGCACAAAUUCCUGUUAUAGGAAGUGAUCCAUACAAUUUAAAAUCUGGAUGUCUUUCAACCUCCUGCGAAAUUUAUAAGUCUGUUUCCAAAAGGAUAUGUGUCUUACAACUAAAAUCGCCAUUGAUUUUUAAAUACGCCAAAAAAUUUCUCGAAGAAAUAAUAGAAAUAUUUAAAGAGAAAAUUAUAAAGGAUGUGAUUAUUUUAUCUAGUAGCUAUGCUCAUGAAAAGAAACAUAUUCUUUCUUCACCAUUUAGAUAUGUGGCAAGUGAAGGAAGUUCAUAUUCAGACAAGAUAAGAAAUGUGGACAUAGUGAAACAUGAAGAUGAUACUGGUGAAUUAAAAAUACUUGGUGGGGGAUUUGCGUCGCUACUUUAUAAAAUAUGUCAAGAAAGUAAUUUACCAUGCUUAGUGUUGUAUAAAUAUUGUUCAGAAGGUGACAAUAUACCCGAUGCUUAUGACAUGAUUAAGAUAUUAAUGACUGUGUGUCCUUUAUUUUCUGAAGAAAAGGACUUGUUCACACAGUUGAAACAACCUGUCUCUUGGACAUUGCUAUUUGGUAGACCUCCACCUCAAAAUGUUUACUGAAUAUAUAUUUUCGUAUUUUCAUAAAA